GGGGGGGCGUUAGGAUAUUAUUAUGGUGUUGGGUAAACGCGCAGUCUAACCUAGCCCAGCCCCAGACGACCGAUUGAAUUUUGUUAUCGCGAUUCACACAACAUCGUCAAAAUGUGUAAUCCAAUUCUCAUUGACCCAAACCCUAGAUUUAUUCCCACUUUCUCUGUGUUUCUGUCGGUGAAUUCGAGACGAAGAAUUUGCAUGUUACAUUGAUUCGCAGUCACGCAAAAAUCUCUAUCAGAUCUGGUUGAUUGUAUCGGUUGAACACAAUUUCUUCCACCUCAAGCAUGUUCUGAUAGGUUAUGAUUGUGAAGAUGGAUAAAGCAGUUGCUUCUUCAUCACAUGACCUCGCCCAACGUCUUUUUGACAAAAACAUUGAGUUGGAAAAUAAGCGCCGAAAGUCAGCUCAAGCAAGAGUGCCAUCAGAUCCAAAUGCUUGGCAACAAAUGCGUGAAAAUUUUGAAACAAUAAUACUUGAAGACCAUAGCUUUUCUGAGAAGCACAGUAUUGAAUUUGCUCUAUGGCAGUUACAUUACCGAAGGAUUGAGGAAUUCAGGGCUCAUUACAAUGCUGCAUCUGCUACAGAUUCAACCACAUCUAGGGCAGGGGGGGCUGCCCGACCUGACCGAGCUUCAAAAAUUCGUCUGCAAUUCAAAACUUUCCUCUCAGAAGCUACUGGUUUUUACCAUGAUCUAAUUUUAAAGAUUCGGGCCAAAUAUGGACUCCCAAUUGGACAAUUCUACCCUGAACCCGAGAACCAUAAUGUGAAGGAGAAAGAUGGAAAGAAAUUUAAUGAAGUUAAAAAGGGUUUGAUAUCCUGCCAUCGUUGUUUGAUAUAUCUUGGUGAUCUUGCACGCUAUAAAGGGCUUUAUGGGGAAGGUGAAUCAAAAAGUCGUGAUUAUGCAGCUGCUUCAAGUUACUAUUUGCAAGCAGCUUCUCUUUGGCCAUCUAGUGGGAAUCCACAUCAUCAGCUUGCUAUAUUGGCUACUUAUUCAGGAGAUGAAUUGAUGGCUGUAUACCGUUAUUUCCGAAGUCUGGCAGCUGAAAAUCCCUUCUCCACUGCAAGGGAUAACUUGAUAGUAGCCUUUGAGAAGAAUCGGCAAAGUUAUAGUCAGUUGCAUGUUGAUUCAAAAGCUUCUUCUGUUAGGACAAGAGGCAGAGGAAGAGGGAAAGGGGAGCCAGGUGUCCGAUCAAAGGAGCCAAUUACCGAUACUACCCCUGAUGUGGAAAAAGCAACUGAAAUUCGCCAAGUGUUUAAAGCUUUUCGUGUUCGGUUUGUUCGAUUGAAUGGCAUUCUUUUCACACGCACAAGCUUGGAGACAUUUGAAGAAAUCCUCUCUCUAGUCACCAACACUUUACAAACCCUUCUUUCUUCCGGAGCAGAAGACGAGCCAAAUUUUGGCACGGAUAAUUCCGAAAACGCCCUUUUCAUCGUAAUACUUGUCACCAUACUUAUAUUCACAGUCAACAACGUAAAAGGAGGACCCGAAGGUCAAACAUACGCAGACAUUGUCCAAAACACAGUUCUCCUCAAAAACGCCCUCAUCACAUUUCACAAUCUAAUCGGUCAACUCCUGAAAAGAUGCCUACAGUUGACCAAUCCUUCCUCAAGCUUCUUACUUCCCGGAAUCCUAAUUUCCAUGGAAUAUCUCGCUUCUCGACCCGAUGUUAUUACUGAAACUGAUGACUUUUGGACCCACUGCAUAUCUUUCUUCAAUAAACUUCUCUCUGCUGAAAUCAAUGAUAUGACAAGGUAUGAAGAGAGGAGGGAAAAUGAUUAUCAGCCUGCAUUGUGGGAGGAUUUUGAAACCAGAGGAUUUUUGCCCCUUCAAUCUGCCCAAACUUUUUUGGAUUUUUCAAGGAAGCAUUCUGUUUCGGGUGAUAAAUCGGCUCGUGUCAAGCGGCUUCUGGCUGCUGGGAAAGUUAUUGCUGACCGGAUUACAGUUGACCGGAAAAAGGUCAGGUUUGACCCCAACAUGAAAAAGUUUGUUAUUGGCAUUGAAACACAGAAACAUGAAAACAAAUCAAAUGGGGUGAUUAACGAGGAGGCACCUGCACCUGCACCUGUGGAAAGUGAUGAGGAGGAUGAAGUGAUUGUUUUUCGGCCAAAUUUGAUUGAUAAUCGGACGGAAAUGCCCCUGGUAAAAGGGACCACUCAAGAGGAGGUUGAGAAUGUGCAAAGUAAAGAUUCGGGUACUACUACUACUUCUCAGUUUGCGGUUCCGGUUUCGGUGUACAAUGCAGUCGGGCAGCCAUAUCAUCAGUCUCCGAUGUGGCCGGGCAGCCUUACGGGCGGGUUUAAAGGUUUAAGCUUAAUGGAAAACGGGCAUGCGGGUCAACCCGGAAUGCAGAGUUCAAAUGCUGCACUUCCAAUCCAGCAGGUUAUGGGUAUACGUGAAAACAGUGUAAAUUACGAUAUCAUCCCUCCUUCUGGACCAGAUCCUUACAUUGUGGGUCGAAACACGUUCCCAAAUAUGCCGACUAGCUCUUUGAAAGUUUCUACGGGUCGACCCGUUAGACAUCUUGGACCCCCACCUGGAUUUAGCUCUGUGAGACCUAAUAGUAAUAAGCAAGUGGGACAGAAUCAGAAUCAGAAUCCUGUGAAUGAUGAUUAUAGCUGGUUGGAUGGGUAUCAGUUGCAAUCAUCAAUGAAGGCAGGGGUACAACCGGUAAAUUUCGGGACCCACUAUAUGAAUAUGAAUAUGAAUAUGAAUGAAUCCGUUGCUACUACUUCUAGUUUUCCGUUUCCCGGGAAACAAGUUCAAGUUCAGUUUGAAGGUGCAAGGCAGCAAAACUGGCCGGAAACCGCCACAGACCACCGUGAAACACUUCAACAGCAGUAUGUUCCCCUUCCCCGAUUGGACCAACAAGGGGGACAGUCUACAUGGAAAGGCAAUCAGUUUGUGUGAUUUCUCUGAGCAGGGGACGGUCAUUCGUGAUUGUUCUGAUGUGGCAUUUGAUCCUCUUCUUUAUCAUCAUGACAUGAAGUUACACACUCCAACUUAAACCAAAUCAAUUUUCUUAAAUUUUAUUUUGGAGUGUGGUGGUGCUGGCAAUCUCGGCAUGCUUGCAGCCAAAAAAAGACUGUGAGUGGCUUUCCCAGUGGAGUCGGAAACAACCUGGUACUGUUGAGUUCUACAUUUGUGGUUAUUUGGGUUGGGGAGGGAUGUGGUCCAUGUCAGCAUAUCCAUAUCCAUAUCUGCCUAAAAUCUGUAUAAAUGUCACUUGUGGCUUUGGCUUAUCUCUGGAGAUGAAAAUGGUGGAACAUCACAAUGGAAGCAUAUUAUAAUAAAUCAUAACAUAUAAAUGUUUGUUAUAUUCAACUUCUGCCAUUCGCCCUGAUGCUUCUCUGUAUGUUAGAAAUAAUCUUGGUUUUUUGGUUUUUGUUUUUUAUUGAUACAUGAGAGAGGUAUGUUUUUACUUUUGUUUUUGUUGGAUUUUGAACAAACUACUACAAUUUCACAUGAUGUUUGUUGCUCAAUAAAUUUUUAUUUGCUUUA